GUCACGAAAUUCAACGUCAACAAUCUUGAAUUUCUUGGUGGUGUUUGAAAAUUAGGAAUUUCUGUUUAAACUGUCGGUUGUUUUGAAUUAAUGCUGUACGUUGAGUUUUGAUAUAAAAAUGGCAAGUGUUACGUCGUACAACAAUGACAAAGUCGUUACCGGAGAAGUGGAAUAUCCUGCAAGUGAUCCCGCAUCGGGAGCAUUCUUCCAACCAGAUUAUAAAAAAAAUGAAGACCUGAAGUUAAUGCUAGAUGGUUCGAAGGAUUCUUUGAAGUUAGAGGCAAUGAAAAGAAUAAUAGGAAUGAUAGCUAAAGGAAGAGAUGCUUCAGAUCUUUUUCCAGCAGUUGUAAAGAAUGUAGUAUCAAAGAAUAUAGAAGUAAAGAAGCUGGUUUAUGUGUAUCUGGUACGGUAUGCAGAGGAGCAGCAGGAUCUAGCUCUCUUAUCUAUUAGCACAUUCCAACGGGCUUUGAAGGAUCCAAACCAACUGAUUAGAGCUAGUGCAUUAAGAGUUCUAUCUUCAAUUCGUGUUACUAUGAUAGUGCCUAUAGUGAUGUUAGCAAUCCGGGAUUCUGCGAGUGACAUGAGCCCUUAUGUACGUAAGACUGCCGCACAUGCUAUACCAAAGCUGUACAGUUUGGAUCCGGAACAGAAGGAAGAAUUGGUGGCGAUAAUAGACAAGCUACUGUCAGACAAGGCCCCGUUAGUAGUCGGCUCAGCUGCUAUGGCCUUCUCUGAGGUCUGUGGUGACCGAGUCAGCCUUAUACAUCGGAGUUACAGGAAGCUGUGCUCUUUGUUAGCGGAUGUGGACGAGUGGGGUCAGCUAGCGCUGCUCAAUGUGCUGACUGUGUAUGCUAAGACAUGCUUCCCGGACCCCAAUGAAGAGAACUACUCGAGUGACGAUUCAGCGGACAAGCCAUUCUAUGACUCGGAUAGUUCGGGUGGGGGCGGAGGCGCCGGAGGCAGGUCUGGAGCUUCACCCAGUGUGGAGCCCGACCUGCGGCUGCUGCUACGCGCGGCUCGCCCGUUAUUGCAGAGCCGCAACGCCGGCGUAGUCAUGGCGGUCGCGCAGCUCAUGUACCACUGCGCACCAGCUCAAGAACUGCCGCCAGUUGCGAAGGCAAUGAUUCGUCUGUUGCGAGCACCCAUUGAGGUGCAAAGUGUCGUUCUCAACUCUAUAGCCGCACUCACUGUUACCAGACGGUCACUAUUCGAACCGUUCCUGAAAUCUUUCUUCGUACGUAACUCGGAUCCAACACACAUAAAGCUGCUCAAGCUGGAGAUAUUGACGAACUUGGCGACGGAGGCGAGUGCGCCAGUUGUACUGCGCGAGUACCAGACAUAUGUGUCGUCCAGUGACAAGGCGUUCGCCGGUGCCACUAUACAGGCGAUAGGCCGGCUCGCUGUCGCCAUACAUACGGAGACAGAGACCUGUCUCAAUGGAUUGCUGCAUUUGUUGUCUAGUAAAGAUGAGUGGGUGGUGUGCGAGGCGGUGGUGGUGGUGAAGCGCGUGGUGGGGGGCGGGGCCAGCUCUGCGCGCGCCGCCGUCUCCCGCGCCGCCAAGCUGCUGCGCUCAGACAGACUGGCGGCCAACGCCCGCGCGGCUGCUGUAUGGCUGGUGGCGGAGCACGGGGCGAAGCACCCUCGCGCCGCCGCGGUGCUCGCUCACAUGGCCGCUAACUUCGCUGACCAGGAUGAGCUGGUGAAGCUGCAGCUGCUAUCCCUAGCGGUGAAGCUAUCCAUAACGCAGCCGGAUACAGUGGCUAUGUGCCGCUACGUUCUAUCUCUAGCGCGGUAUGACGCAAGCUAUGACGUCAGAGAUAGAGCGAGGUUACUCCGUCGCUUUGUAGAUCCUAGCCCCGGGUCUCUGCUGCAGCAGUACGCGGCUAGUAUCUUCUGUCCGGAUAAACCUAAACCCACUAUUGAGAGCAGCUUUAAGGACAGACAGCAGUACACGGUGGGUUCAUUAUCCCAAUACAUUGGUAUCGCGGCGGCGGGUUACCGCCCCCUGCCCGCCGCCCCCCGCGCACCCCUCGCCGCGGACCUGCGCGAGCCCGACCCCCAACCCGCACCCACACACGACGAACAUCAGAAAAAUAAGAAAUUCUAUUCGGAGCCAGAGAGCGAUGGGUCAGGAUCAUCUUCUUCUGCAUCUUCUAGCGGCUCGGAAGAUUCUUCUGAUGACGAAGAAAGUAAUCAAGAAGAUAAGAAGCAGGAAAAACCAACUGAAACCAAUAAUUACAGGUCUUCAAACUCGGGUACUUCAGACAGUGAGACUGACAGCGAGUCAGAUAGUUCUAGCGACAGACAGACUGACAGUGCAUCAGAAUCUGAUGAUGAAGAGAAGUCUACUGAAAAGGAAUCGAAGGUGGAACCCUCAUCUCAGAAACCUAACGAGAAGUCUAACUUGGAGCUGCUGCUGGAACUUGAUGAGGUGGCGAGCUCGUUGCCAACAAUGACACCCACCUGUGGGGGAUUCCUCUCCCCACCCAAUGCCACUACACAGGCCAUCGGUGAUGAUGACAUAACUCCGGUGGGUCCGAGCCUGGUGCCGACCAGUACCGUUGAGCUGUUGUCUCGAGUGGUGUGCUCCGGUCUGGGGGCCAGACGUCGCUGGUCUCGCGCCCCACAUCUCUUCUCUCACAAGAUGUGCUCUUUAGAGAUCAUAUUUACUAAUUACAAUAAUACUGAAAUUAAUAAUAUCAGGAUUAAUAAAAAGACUCUAACAGGAUCUCGAGCUAUUCACGAGUUUGCGAGCAUCACAUCUCUGUCUGCUGGUGGUUCAGCCACCAGCACCCUCGGAGUAGACUUUGCUGACUCCAUUCAGCCCAUUGAGUUCACUAUCAUCAGCUCGCUGGGCGAGGUGCCAGUGUCGAUAACACCUCCUGUUGGUGAAUUGGUGCGCGCCGUCACCAUGACAACGGCGCGCUGGGACUCAGAGCACCGGCGCCUGCGCGGCAUGACCGAGUGCGAUAAGAAAACAGUGAAGUUAAAUGAUGAAGCUGCCAUUUGUAAACGUGUGUUUGAGACAGUUAAUGUGGCGGCCAUUACUUCCUCCGGGGAAUUAUUGAGAUUCGCAGGUCGUAUGAUGUCAUCUCAAGAGCUGGUGCUGGUCUCCGUGCGUCAGGAGGAUGAGGCCAGCAUUGUGACAGCAAACUGCGGCAACAUGGCCAUCGCAUCUCUCCUUGCUAAUGAAGUUGCUAAUGCACUUAAAUCUUAAA